GGGGAGACCCUAAAGAGGGGGGUGGGCUGAAAACAAACACAGGAGGCAGAAAUCAGCUGGCGUUUGGGGGUCUUAGCUGCCUCACGCGCGCUUAAAAGACGCUGACUUUUUUAUUUUAAUUUUUAUUUUUUUUAGCUUUUUUUCUGUUUUUGGAUGAAAAGCUUCAGCGCGACUCCACAGCUGGAUUCAGAAAGAAGAGGAAACAGCUGCAGCAGAGAUGUCCCGCAGAAAACAGAGCAAACCCCGGCAGUUCAAACGAGCGUUUGGGAGCGUGCAGACAGAGUGUGAGGAUGGAGUGUGUGAGGAGAUCCUGAAGGAGGAUGAACCACAUGCGGAAGAAACACACACACCGUUCUCUUUAGACCCUCAGAACUUCAGUGGUAAAGACGAAGACUUUUCCAAGAAAGGUGAUGCGUGUGGAGGUCAGGAGGCGGGACAGGAGGACAGUGAAGGAGGAGAAGAGAGGGUUCGGUCCAGCCCGCCUGAGUCAGAGGACUGGGACGGCCCGAGAGAGUUGGAGGUGGUCAGUGAUGGAGGGGAAAAAAGCGUUCAUACUCGUCAGCUGCUUCCCCCAGGCACCACGUGGGGGCCUUUCCCAGGAAAAAUAGAAACAGCCGCAGGAGGAAACGAUGCUAUGCCGUUGGUGGUGAGUGGGGGUCCGCGAUGGCUGGGGGAGAUGACGUGGGUCAGCGCAGAGGACUCCAGAAAUAACUGCAUGGUUUACAGUAAAGGAGGACAGAUAUGGUGCUCUACCACACGGAGUGUGAUGGAGGGGGAGGAGCUUGCGGCGUGCGCUGUGGAUUUCUGCCCUCAGUUCCAGACAGCAGGCUCCGCCCCCCAUGGGCAGGGCAUGUACCCGGCCAGGCUGCUGGACGGCAUCCAGCUCCUCCCCCAGCAGGCCGCCAUGGCCUCCAUCCUGCCCAACGCUAUCGUGAACAAAGACAUAUUUCUGUGUAAAGCCUGCGGCAUCUGGUUCAGGAGUGAGAGGAACCUGCAGGCCCACCUCAUGUACUACUGCAGCGGACGACAGAGGGACCCUGAGAUGGUUGCAGAGAAACAGACUAAUACAGGCCAUCAAAUGCCUCGCAUCUGCACAUACCCACAAUGCAACAUGAGCUUCUCGGGGUCGCACGCUCUAGAAAUGCACCUGUCCACACAUACUGCUUUCAAGACUGAGGAGACACCUGCUGGAAGCAGUCUGAAAUGCACUAUUUGCGACUUCACAGCUGACACUCUUGUGGCUCUCCAGCCCCACAUCCUGUCCCAUCUAUCUCAGAGCGGACUCAGGUGCGGCCACUGCCACUUCACUUUCCAGACGCCCCGAGAGCUGUCCAAACACCAGGAACUGCACAGACACGGUAGCAAGCUUGCUCAAGAGAGCGAAACGGAGCCAUCUAAAAACCUCGGUGCCGACAGUCCGAAGCACGGUAGACGCGAUUCAAGCAGGAAGGACACCAUAGAAAGUCCAGCUUGUCGAGAAGUGGUUCAAAACACGGAGCAAGAGAACGGAGAACAGGGGCAGUCAGUCACAAAGGCAGAGGUCAACUCAGGAAACAGAGCCAGCUUCUCCUACACGAGAGUGAAAUCUGAGCCCUCCAGCCCCCGUUUGGCUUCUUCUCCAAUCCAGCACCAUAUAACCCCAGCAUUUCCAAUGCCGCCCUUCAUGCCCCAUGUUCCGUUCUCACAGGAAAUAACUGCUGUCCCACAGGCUUCUGAGAUACUGGCUAAAAUGUCAGAGCUGGUCCAUCGAAGGCUGCGCCACGGUGGCAAUACUUACCCCCCAGUAAUGUACAGCACGCUGGUCCCAAAAGGAGCAACAUGCUUCGAAUGCAAUAUUACUUUCACCAACCUCGAUAACUAUUUGGUUCACAAGAAGCACUACUGUAACAGUCGUUGGCAGCACAUGGCCAAGCCGCAUGACUACACCAGCAUUUUGGACAAAGCAGCAGACCCACUGAGCCCUAAGACUGGGGGCAGUUUAGCUAACAUCCUUAAUGCCGGCCAUCCCUCUGAGGUUAAAGGUCCCGAUUCCACACAAUUUAACCCGUGUGACGCUUUCAGCGCAGGAGGCAAAGCUCCCGAGGAGUUUCAAGUGCAGGUUAAAAAAGCAUCGACUCCAUCUGGUGCAGAGGACAGGCAGAACGGCAUGCAGUUAGACUCGAAGAGUCCCAAAACGUCCCCGACAGAGAACGAGAAGGACCUCAGCCAAACUACCUGCGAUGCCUGCAAGAUCACCUUCAGUCGCCAUGAAACCUACAUGGUGCACAAGCAGUAUUACUGCGCCACCCGCCACGACCCACCCAUGAAGCGAGCGAACAGCAACAAAUCACCAGCCAACCAGAAGUCAGUGCGAGCUCGCAAGAGAAGGAAGGCGUACGAGAUGGCGGUUCACGAUCAGGAGCAAAUGCAACCCAUGGGGCCGCCUUCUUACCUUGGGAUGCCGACUAUCAGUAGCGCUUUCAUGUCCCAGGAUGCAAUGGAAAGUUUCAAGGACCAGAUUCAUCAGCGGUACAGCAUGAUCCAGGGUUUGGUUCCCAAACAUCCUGAACCUUCCCUGACAGUCACAAAAUCAGCCCUUGUGUCAAAGUGCAAUGCAAUAGCCCAAGAGGAAGGUGACGCGCCCAUAGAUCUUAGCAAGAAAUGCAUGGCGCAGUUUGGUAAGAUGUCACUCCCGGCAAAGGCGCUCAUGGACUAUCAUGAAUGCGCAGUCUGCAAGAUAAGCUUCAACAAAGUUGAGGAUUACCUUACCCACAAACAAAACUUCUGCCCAGGUACUGCUUUGGACAACAAGCCUCCGAGCGUCAAAAAAGAAGGUUCCAGAAAUGCAAACGGUGCCACAGAAAAGUCCGGCUUCGAGCAUCCAGUUCAGAAUGCCAGCACUGUCCCGGUACAUGCUGUGACAACAUCUGAUGUUGGAACAUCUCCUGAGGUGCAUCCAAUCUCCAUAAAAGAAGAAAGCAGCAUGCAGUCUCUCGAGAGCUACUCAAGCGCAGCUAAGAAAAUGAGACCAGAUGAGCAGAUAUGGCCGUAUUACGAGAUCAAACCGGCCGAUUACGCCACAGGGAUGCUCGGUACACAAAGCGAGCGGAGGCAGAGCCCGAAUGAGGGCAGUGAAGGCGAGAAAGACCAACCGAUGCCAGACGGGAGCCAUAUUAGCACUGAAGAUGGUGAGGAGAACCUGAAAAUCACAGCCAUGGGCCAGACUUUGGCCUUAAAUGACACCCUCCAGCCUGAGAAGCCAGCAGAUCCAGAAAAGGAGCCCACUCCAGAUAUCCACUUGAGUUCCUCAAGCCCAGAGGCAGAAGGCUCUACGAAAACCAACGAGAGCAUAUCGGCUUCAUCACCAACCUCCAAGACUGAGGAGAUCCCACUGAGCAUUAAGAAAGGCUUGAACGGAUCGCUCUCCACGACGGCUAACGUCAAGUACUGCCGUCCUUGUGACAUCCAGUUCAAUAACUUGUCAAACUUUAUAACGCACAAGAAGUUCUACUGCUCGGCACAUACGACAGAGCAUGUGAAGUGAAUCCUUACUUUUUAUCUCGAUGCACCGUGCCCGUUUACACAACAGCAGGCGGACAAUCAAAUCAGGAGAUUUAUCCUUCAGUGAUUUAAUAGUGAAUUUUGAAAUGUUUGUUGAAAGAGUA